AUGAGUGACAUGAGGCGCGUGAAGGCCAAAAAGGCCUCAGGAAAGGAAACCUCUGAUGAAGCCACAAACCCUGUGAACAUGAGCAAAGUCACCUUCUGCUGGACCCCUGAAGCGGAGUUGGCCUUCCGAGAGCUCAAGAGAUGCUUCUCCUCUGCUACUGUCCUGAUUUUGCCUGAUCACGAGAAGCAGUUCACCCUCGAGUCUGGAAGGAGACCUGCACCUCAUAAUCUGAGGAUUAUGUUGGUGGGCAGGACUGGGGCAGGGAAGAGUGCAACUGGAAACACCAUCCUCGGGGGAGGGGUGUUUAAAGAGGGAGUUUCCCAUGUGGCUGUUACCUUAAGGUGUGAGACACAUAGUGCAGAGGUGGAAGGGAGGAGUGUUACUGUGAUCGACACACCUGGGAUCUUUGACAUAUCUAUUUCUAAUGAUGAAAUCAAGCGUGAAAUGGAAGAAAAUGUCAACCAAUUUUUCCUGCUAGUGGUCAGGCUGCGGAGAUUCACAAUGGAAGAUAGAAACACUGUAAAAUGGAUCCGGGAGAAUUUUGGAGAAGGCGCUUUGAAAUACUCAUCGGUGCUUUUCACUGGAGGAGAUGAGCUGAAAACACCAGUGGAGGAGUUUCUGAGAAAAAGCAGCGAGCUCCAGGAAUUCAUCAACAGCUGUGGUGGCGGAUAUCAUGUGUUUAACAACAGAGAAAAGAACAACCGCACUCAGGUUACAGAGCUUCUGGAUAAGAUUGAGACAGUGCUGUUUACCAUGCAAGGAUACCACCACACUUCUAUGAUGAUCCAGCAGGUUCAAAGAAAGAUACAAGCAGAGGAGGAGAGAAAGAGAGAGGAGGCUGAGAGAGAGAUCAGAACAGAGGACGAGAGAAUGAGAGAGGAGGCUGAGAGAGAGAUCAGAACAGAGGAGGAGAGAAAGAGAGUGGAGGCUGAGAGAGAGAUCAGAACAGAGGAGGAGAGAAAGAGA